GCCAGUCAGCGUGAGUAGCUUGACUGCCCGGCGCUUUUGGGUAUCGCGACACAGCGGUGAUUCAUUUCAGCAUGGGACGAGGCAAGAAUCCUCGAGUGUAUCUGGACAUUUCCAUUGGCAGCCGCACAGGCGGCCGUGUCAUCAUCGAGCUCUUCCCGGACAUCACGCCCCGUGCGGCUGAAAACUUCCGAGGGCUAUGCACCGGCGAGUAUGGCAUGGGGCGAAACACCAAGAAGAAGCUGAGCUACGAGGGUUGCCAGAUCUUCCGCUCCGUGAAGAACUUUAUGAUCCAAACGGGUGACUUUCAGUCCAACAACGGGGACGGUGGCGAAAGUAUCUACGGAGGCACCUUCAAUGAUGAGGAUUUUGUGCGGCGGCACACGCAGGCCGGCGUUGUCAGCAUGGCCAACAAAGGCCGAAACAGCAACGGCUCACAGUUCUUCAUCACUCUGAAGCGUAGCGUUCAGCUCGACAACAAGCACAUCGCCUUUGGCCAGGUAGUGGAGGGCAUGGACGUGAUUCGGGCAGUGGCCGCUGUGCCCACGGACAGGGACGAGCGCCCUCGGGUGUCGUGCACCAUUGUCGGCUGUGGCGAGGUCGGCGCUAAGACUCAGAGCGGCGUGGAUUUCCACACCGAGAUGAGCAAGCAGAUUCUGAGUCUUCAAGAAGGGGACACUGCGAAGGUGAAUGCUGCAGAGGAAGGAAAGAAGAUCUUGGCCGGCAAACCAGGUGGAGCUGCCGCGGGGCAAGAAAUUAGCGGCACAAGCGUCAAGCGAAAAGCCGAGGAGGAUGCGGCUCUUAGCGAAGGCGCUGGCAUUCCAUUGCCCAAGAACGACCGCGAGCGGAAGCUCUACGAGCUGAGGCUGAGGAUGAACCAAGGCCGACAGGCGAACAACAAGGAGGUGGUUGAAGAGCAGAAGAGGGAGUCCGACCCGGGCUAUAGCAAGAAGAUUGCUGCGAGGAAAACCGCUGAGGAUGAAAAGAAGGAGGAGGACGACAAGCAGAAGGACAGCCGAACCAGGAAGUCGAAUCUUCCAGAAGGCAAGGAGUAUCUGGGGGACAGCAUGGAGUAUGCUGAAAAGCGCGAAGCGAAGAAGAAAAAAGGCAAUCCAGAUGCCUUCGGCUGGGAUGUUUUCAACCAGGACUCUUUGCUCCGAGCCCACGACAAGCGGUUGAACCAGAUCCAGUUCCACAAAGAGGCCUACGAGAAACAGAAGGCCGACAUCGAGGCCAACGGCGAGGAUGGUCUCCAGUUCGCGGGAUUUGGCUUCAAGCCCUCGCAGGAGGCGAAAGAUCGCCUGAGUGCAGCAAUGGACAAGAUGGCGGAGAAGAAGAAGGACUUCUCGAGAAGGCGCGCAUACAACGAUGAUGAGGACAGGACGUAUGUCAACGCUAGAAACCGCUUCUUCAACAAGAAGCUCGACCGCUUCUUCGGCGACUACACAGAGGAGACGCGGCAGAACCUGGAGCGCGGAACGGCGCUCUAAGCGUUGCUUGGUCAAUGAUCUGCGGCCCUGCGUGGCGG